AUGGCUCGAGUCAGAACCUUUAUAUAUCUCCUGGCCCGUACGCUGUGUCUCGCCCAUUGUGUUCUAGGAGAAGAGAAACAGACGAAUGUUCCCAAAAAUCAAUGUUAUGGACUAUGCUUGGAUCCAUCCGUUCUCCAGAAAGGCUCCGAAUUAGAUGGGGAAAAAGAAGCUCUGAACAAAGACGAAGUCAUUCCUUCUAUAACUUCAUCGAACAACUUCAUCAACUACUGUAACGGGAAGACAUUAACAAACGGCACCAAGAUCAAUGAAGGAUCUUGCAACGGCAUCCCCAUGGGCGAGAUUCCAUCAACAAAACACAUGGUUUCUACUCUCAUCACGUCUCCGUUGCCAGGUGAUGAAUUCAAAGUCAAUCAGACGAUUACUUUCAAGGUCGCAGUCAAGAACAUCGAAAUGGGCUUCUACACAAAUUCGAAUGUGGCAUUCCUCUCCGCACCACAGUCGCUAAAUUGUGAAGGACUCGUACGAGGUCACACACAUCUCACUGUUCAGUUUAUGGGCCCCAACACUCCAACUAUUCAAGCCUUAGACGCGAGCAAUCCGACUUGGUUCAAGAGCGUCAACAAUCCGCAUGCCGUAAAUAAAACUGACGAUUUCACCGCUACGCUUGAAGGGGGCCUUGGGAAGCCGGGGUUUUAUCGCGUUUGCACUUUGACAGCAGCAGCCAACCAUCAACCUGUCAUUAUGCCUGUUCCCAAUCGGGGUGCACAGGAUGACUGCACGAAAUUCAAGGUGAUUUCUGGAUAA